AUGAGCUGCCGAAAUUCCGGGGGGAGGCUUUCAGUGGAUCAGCGAGUUGUGGCGGGGAAUGAUGCGGCGUGGACCUCCACCACACAAGCGGCUGCUCCGAGGGCUCAGACGGAGCGACAUGAGGUGUGGCGCGACGUCUACGGCACCCGCUGCAGUGUAACGUCCGCCACCGCAGCAGAGGAAUUUAAGAUGCGGAGUUCCAUGAAGAAGAAAGCGCAUGGUGCCAGGAGCUCUACUGCUUGUGGUGGCGGGCUGCAGAAGGCAACAGAGGCGACAUUAUGUUGCGGUGCAAAAACAGACUUUAAUCUCUCACACCGGGAGCUGUUGGGACGUUGCUGGGAGACAACCGAUGUGGAGCGUCUCACCGACUUCCUCGCGGGCAACGUCCCGAAGAGUGUGCAUGAGACACUGUCGCGCUCAAGUUUUGCUCUACUCCCCAAGCAACGUGGGGGGAUGUCGUCCACGACGGUCUCCUCGCCUGAUGUGCAUACCGUGCAGUUGCUAAAAUCCCCCGAUGGACGCACUAGCCGUUCUGCACGUAGCAGCACCAGCAGCUGCAGUAGAUGGGGUAUUCAAAAGCGUUCGCAUUGGGUCUCUCUAAUCCAGAUUCCACCACCGGGCUCAACGCAAAAUACUAUUUUUUCCGUGCCGAAAAAAGCUGGAGGUGGCGCACGCGAGAAGAAGGUAACCUCACCAGGUUGCUUGUGGUGUGGAGGGGGUACGGUGUCAGGCAAGCUUAGGGGAAGCUGCGGGCGUUUGUCUCGACUGCUUUGCCUGACGCGUCAAAAAAUAAAAAAUGUUGACUUUGUUAUUCCCUCUCCAGACACCGAUGUGGCGGAGUGUGGAUAUGCUGGGGCGAAAAACACAUUUGCCUACCGGCUUAUAAAGUUGCCUUCAGUAGAAAAAAAUACUGCCUUUCUACAGAAGCAUGGGCUUAGUCCAUGCUUUGGUACCUGUUUACAUCGAUGGGAUCGCGUAGAUUUCUUUUCACCAAAUAUUCACUCUCUUGCCCUUGCUGCGUCUUUGACCCAGCCGAAAUCCGUCACAGGCCCCUUAGCGCAUGUACUUUCUUGCUACUCCCCCUCCAUUAGAGGGAAUGCAAGCCCUGACCCGGGGGGUGCCUCGGUUAGCGCGAACAAGAGGGCGGAACCCGUUGUUUUAGUAGAGGGUUUUUCGUGCGUUACCUCACAAACUUCUACAGAGUCUGUGGAGUUCACUGAACAUCCAUCACGUUUUCCAGAAAAGAGUCUUCAUUGCCACUGCCUCGCAUUUUUCACAAACUACCUACAAGAGCUUCAGGCUGGUGCGGAGUCUCUCCAGUCAACGGCUCUGACAUCGGGUGUCUCCUCACGGGACGUGGAAAAUAUGCUUGAGGGAACCUCUGGCCAUACAGGCGGGCCCCCUUUGCAGGCGUCGUCGGUUCUCCUCGGGAGUUUUUUUCACAAGAGUAUUGAUUGCAAUGCGUCUACAUCCACUUUGGCAGCCAAUGCCCCUGCUACUCCUUUUUGUCUGUUGCAGACGGAAAGUGAUGUACAGAAGAUAGCGUCAGGUGCCACGGAGUCUGCUUCUUUCAGUGAAAACAAACUACAUUCACCCUUUUUGCGAGAUGAUGCAGGGAGCGGAGUGGCGACUGCGCGUUCGGUGUUUGAGUCCUGUCAGCCAACUGCGCCUAAGACAGUCCUUUCAAGUGUUAUUGUUAGCUCUUUUGAGCUCUUCAUUGAUCUUGUCAAUUGGAAGAAGAGGAGAUAUCCUCUGUCAGUCAUCCCCUAUAGUAAAACGACGUCAUCCACUCGAAAUAAGUAUGGGGAGGGCACUGUAACGAGAGUCAUGUACGGCGGGGUGCUUGUUGUGGAGUGUAACAAUCAUAUGGCUGUGCAGAGUCUGGAAAUGGCGCUUAAAAAGGAGCAAUGGCUGGGUAAAAAGAAGAAUCUUGCGGUGUCAAGAGAAACGAACUGGUUGUCUCGAGGUGAUGGCAGCACUGGUCGCUGUCGCAAUGCGGAAGGGACGGUAUCCAGCGCCGAUUGCAUUCGCAUCUCGAGCAGCAACGAUCCACGGUUUGGUGAGGGUGUGCAGUCUGAUGACCCCAAACAACUUGGGAGCUACCGCGUUGUGUACUACGUGGGUGGUGAGAGGGAGCAUAGUUGGGACUCAGACUCCAACGUGCAAGGACAACCCCCCACUUUUGGUACCGUUAGCGCUCACACAGGGCACUGUCCCCUAACCCCGUGGUUAGAGCUGGAAAAAGUGGUGGAGCUUGCCUCUUCAUGGGCCAGGCGUCUUCUCUCCAACCCCAAGUUAGUGGAGCCGAUUGCGGUGUAUGUACAACGGUUUGUCGGUAUUAUUCCUUUUCUGUACUCGCCAUACGAUAGGAGGAAAGAUCCGGAUACAAGGGCUGUAGUAACACCUUGUGGCACCUCAAGGGAAAUCUUAUCAUCUUCCUCGGCAUCUAUUCGUGUAGCUGAUGAUGAAAACCCAGCUUCCCUUACCAUGGCAGUCUACACUCCGUCUGCCCCUAGUGUACGCAAUACGUGCCGUCCAAUGGCACGCUCUGUAGUGGACGAUGCACACUUAUCUGCAUCUACGCCUACAGAAAGGACACCUAUCACUCCCGUUGCGUCACAUCGACCGAGGAGCAUUGCACGUAAACAACCCCUCACUGAAUCCUUGUACGGAAUCCAAGGAGCAGAAGCGGGGAUAGACGUUAUGCCAAUUGUACGCGAAGAGUCGAACUCAACAUACACCAGUGGUCUUCCUUAUGAGAAGGACGACGGUGAGGCGAUAUGGGAGAUAUGCAUGCUGGAGACAACGGCUCUGGAGGCUGAGCUAAAGAUGGCUGUUAAGGCUGCUCAAGAAGCAGAAGAAGAGUACAGUAAAAUAAUGGGCAUCAUUCACAGUUUGCGGCAAGCCUUUUUGCCCAAUUCUCAAUUGGAGCAAUUAGAAUCAAUAUGCACCUAUCUAGCGACCCUUAUUUAUGAAACGGAGGAGAUACCAGAGCAAAAUGCUUGCAUUGAUGGUCCUGACUGGUUUCCCUGCCUCGCGGCAGUUUUGACAAACCCACAUCAUUCUCUUCGUGGUAUUAACAUUCUCUCUCCUUUGGAUUACGGAUCCUCUCCACAGCUUGGGAUGCUAGCUGGUCUAUUUUACCAUGAGUAUGCGAUGACCUCUAUUACGAGGCUUAUUUUACAGUGUGACUUUUUCUUUGCUGAAGGUGACCCGGAAAAUUGUCCGGGUCACCUUGAAGUAUCACACCGAGAUAUCGCUUUGUGGAAAAUUAUAUGUCGUUUGUCAUCGAAAGGGGUCAAUCUAACUAAGCUUUAUUUCUUAUGCCUGUCGAUGUUGCAUGCGGAUGCGUAUCGGCGAGGUCCGCCUUUUUUUCUAACCCGACAGCAGCUGCGAGGGGUGCUGUUCACACUGCUGGGGUCCAUCGUGGAGAACAACCAACAACCACAAUUUACACUUCAAUUGACGGAUACCGGAGAUCACUUUUGCAAGCGACGUCUAUCCAAAACUCGGAGGUUUUUAUGUGCCAUCUCGGGUAUAUUGAAACGCAGAACGAUCAAAGAUGGAGGUGGUAAUAAUAGUCAUGAUAAUGAUACUGUCGGUGACGACGCGAAUUGGCUUCAUCAGGAGGAUAACGCAGUGCAGGGUCGAAAGAGGGAUUCUUUCUGGACACGUAUGCCAGAGGCGUUACUUGUUGGUGAGGAGCAGGAGGCGGUUAAACGUGCAUGGGUUGAGGCGGAGCGCCGGCCUUAUUGUAUGCUAUUGCGCCAUCGUGAGUCGGCUGCCCCUCUCUGGUCCGUGCCCUACGGGGCUUGCCCUCACGAUACUCAUCAUGAGCAGGAUGACUUAGGCCAAGUGUCAGCUGAUGGGAGGCCGUGGGUCUAUGGACUUGAAUCGAGUAACACACAACUAGCGGCAAUUUACGAGUUCAUUGUGGAUGCGUUUCUCCAUUCACACUUCAUUGUUGAGGAGAUGCAAAAGUUUAUUGAUCACUACAACAAACGGAGUAAUAGCAGGAAGGAAUCGGAGGGCGGAAACGUGGCUGGGAAGAAAAGAGUGACACUUUUGAUGUAG